AUGAUAAAUGACCGUAACAUGAUUCCAAACCCCGAGGUCGAGAAUUUCUUUACCUGGUCGCACGACAAUAAUGAAACCGCUUGGAAGGCACUCAUCGGCGACAAAGAGGGAGAAAUCGAUUGUUAUGGUGCGGCUGCCCGCGCAACCAACCUUGGUGGCCUUCCUAGCACGUACCUUGACGUUGGCUCGCUGGAUAUUUUCGUUUACGACUGCCUUGAUUAUGCUCAGAGGUUGAUGCGAAAGAAUGUCGAAGUCGAGCUGCACGUCUGGCCAAGGGUGCCACACGGAUUCGAAGGAUUGGCUCCUCAGACAAGGUAUGGGAAGAUGGCUAUAGACAGUAGAGAUGAUGCUGUCAGAAGUUUGUGAUAGUGAUUAGGGG